AUGGAUCUGGGGAACGGCACAGCAGUGUCAGAGUUUAUCUUCCUGGGCCUCACCCAGAGCCGGGGGCUGCAGGGUGUCCUGUUCAUUGUAUUUCUCCUCAUUUAUACCAUGACUCUGCUGGGCAACCUCCUCAUCAUGGUCACCGUGACCUGUGACCCCCGGCUCCGCACCCCCAUGUACUUUCUGCUGCGCAACCUGUCCGUCUUGGAUGUCUGUUACUCCUCUGUCACGCUCCCCAGGAUGCUAGUGGACUUCCUCUCUGCCUCCCAAACCAUCUCUUACAGUGGCUGCAUGGCCCAGAUCUUCUUCUUUCAUUUCCUUGGAGGGGCCGACCUGUUCUUCCUGUCAGUCAUGGCGUACGACCGCUACGUGGCCAUCUCCCGGCCCUUGCACUAUACAGCUGCCAUGAACACCCAGGUGUGUGUGGGGCUGAUUGUGGCUGCCUGGGUGGGGGGCUUUGUGCAUUCAAUCAUCCAGCUGGCUCUGCUGCUCCCGUUGCCAUUCUGCGGCCCCAGUGUCCUGGAUAACUUCUACUGUGACAUCCCCCAGGUCCUCAGGCUCGCCUGUGUGAACACCUCCGUCCAGGAGAUCCUGAUAAUCUCCAACAGCGGGCUGCUCGUUCUCAUCUGGUUCAUCCUCCUCCUAGCAUCCUACACGGUCCUCCUCGUGAUGUUGAGAUCCCACUCCAAAGAAGGGAAGAGGAAAGCCGCCUCCACCUGCACCUCCCACCUCAUCGUGGUCUUUGUGCAUUUCAUACCAUGUAUCUAUAUCUACGCCCGCCCCUUCACCCCAUUUCCCACUGACAAAGCCAUCUCCAUCUUUGACACGGUAAUCCCCCCGAUGUUGAACCCCAUGAUUUACUCCCUGAGGAACCACGAGGUGAAAUCAGCUAUGAAGAGGUUAAAGAAGCGAACAUCCAUGAAGCACGGGAUGUUCUGCCAGAGGAGGGAAACUUAUCCUGGAUUUCCCUCCAUCCAGCCACCCAGAGCACUGGACCGGAUAGGAGAGGUGGUUGAGGGUCCGAAAGAGAUGUCUGAGACAUGGUGGGUGGCUGUGGAGGGAGAAGUGGGUGUUCCCGUAGCAGUGGUCUCCAUGGUGAUGGGAGUCAACUGCAAUAUAGGCUGCACAGUUACGACCAAGCGACUCAAAGGAGUGCGAAUGGCAACCUAUCAGAGAAAGUGUUUCAAGAGGAAGCCCCCCAACUGCCAGCAAUGA